AUGAUCUUCAAGCUUGAUUUCAGGAAAGCUUUUGACUCCAUAUGCUGGUCCUCCCUCAUACAAAUCUUACAAGUUCCUGGAUUCAAUGCAAAUGUGGCCUACGCCAAGUCAGAGUCGAACUCUGCAUCCUCUCCGCCUUCCCUAACCCCUCUCAUAAAUAUCGUCUUCGGUGGCUUGGGGGAGAGGAGCGGAGUGGGGUUUGGAUCCCGUGGAUGCGGACGAGAGAAGCAAAACAUUGAUGCCGGCGGCAAGGGCCUUCCCGAGACUCCGAACGUGCUGCUUGACAGAGCCUGGACAUGUGCAAGGGAGGCUCGCCGCCGUCGGGAUCCGGCCACCACGGGCUCCCAGCGUCAGAUCCGUAGGUACCGGAACCAAUCUUGCAGCCACCGUUGGUUUCUCUCGGAGCAAGUGCCGCCAUUGGGAUCCGGCUACCACGAGCUCCCCAGGGUUGGAUCCGUCUGUCCUGGAGCCGACCCUGCGCCCUGUGCUCCUUUUUCUCGGAGCAAGCAAGCGACUGACGCAGCAGCGGCACGAGGGAGCGAGCUCUGCCUUGAGGUGCCACUGGGGCAGACAACCACGAGCUCCUCCACCACCAUCUCCCGGCCUCCCCUACCCGGGUUCAUCUGCUCAUCUGCACCGUCAUGGCGGCUAGCAUCAGUACCUCUAUCCUCCUCACCAGUUACGUCACACACCGAUAUCAAUAGGGACUGUACCUUGCUUCAUUCCGACGCGUGGAGGCUGGCCUCCUCGCCCACCCCGUACUGCACUGCUGCAAGGACAAACCAACCCAGGCGGAGGUAAAUAAUGUAGUCAAGCAAACGCACAUAGUACUAUAGGGUCUGAUCACUUCCUGUGUGUACAUUGGUACUGAGUUAAUGCAUGCCAUCCAACUCAUGCAUCAUAUAUAAGUGAUGGCAUGCUGUUGCUGAAUUGUGAACCAUACAUCUACAAAGAAAAUCAUGGGAAACUUCCUUCCGUGUAAAUUGUGUUUGUACAGAUCAACUGCAGCUGUGUAUGUAUUGCUGAAUAUUUAUGAUAUGCAGAGGGUUGUACACACAUAUUUUCAAGGGGAGUAAAAGGGCAGUUGUUGUCAACCUGCUUGUGCUCUAUAACAGACUUGCUUACUAAUCGUGUUGGAGGAUGCCGAUGCUGCCAUAAACAUGUCUAUGAUUUAAUGACCUGCAUCCCAGCUCAAAUCUUGUGCCUCCAUUGAUUUUGUUGUUUUUGCAUAGCUUCUGAAGGUCAAUGUAGCCAGUGAGUGUGCCCUCGAAAUCAACGUCCUUCAUAUUAGCAUCGUCGAA